AUGGCUGAAUGCGACAUUGCGCGAGCUUUGCUGUCAGCUGUUGAAUUGACUCGAAUUGUCCAUGUUCACGCCAUAUUUGGUCCUUCCUGUAUACUCUCUGCGAGAGCUGUUGGUAUUUUUGGAGGUAGCCUCGAUUUACCAAUUAUACUUUGGGGAAUGACCACUAGUAUAGAAUUCAAGGACGAUAGCCGCUAUCCAACUACAGUUUCUGCUGUUGGAAACUCUGAACACUUGGCCAUCGCUAUGAAUUAUGUAGUUGAAGAAUACGGGUGGACGAACCUUGCUACAAUUUUUGGUGAUGACGAAUUAGCGAAAUGCCUAACUCUUCUAACGGAUAUGGAAGUCAGCUGCUAA